UUUUUUCCCCUGGGACUUGUGCUAACUGAAGAGACUGUUCCGGAUUUGUUAAAUACUACUGAGAAUAUUGAGACACUGAUAUGUUCUUCUGUAUUAUGACGCAUCCAAGUAAAGAAGUAUCCAAAUCCUAGUGAAGAAUGAAUGGAAAGGUGAUCCCUGGGACUCCGAUUGCAGUAGACUUCUGGAAGAUAAGAGAAUGUCCCAAUGCCAGACUGUUUUUCCUGACCCAUCUUCAUGGAGAUCACACUGUGGGGCUGUCUCCCUCAUGGCAACACAAAAUAUACUGCUCAGAAAUCACAGGGAAGUUACUGGAGGAGCGGUAUGAGAUCGACUCCUCCCAGAUCUGUCUACUAGAGACAGGAUGCAGUCACAUCAUGUACGUUGACUCGGAUCAAAUUGAGCAGAUGACCGUGACUGUGAUCGAUGCUCACCAUUGUCCUGGCAGUGUCAUGUUCCUCUUUGAGGGGUAUUUUGGAAAAGUUUUAUACACAGGUGAUUUUCGUUUCGACUCAAAAAUGAAAGAUGACCCCCUGAUGGAAAAUUUGUCUGGUACAGAUGUUGUGUACUUAGACAAUACAUAUAACUCUCCAAGAUGUGUGUUUCCAUCCCGAGAAGAAAGCCAGAAGCAAAUUAUGGAAAUAAUCCAUAGCCAUGAAGAGUUCAGUGUAAAGAUUGGAUUGAGAAACUUAGGAAAGGAGGACCUCUUGGUAGCCAUUGCUCAAGAUCUUCAGGAGUGGAUCAAAGUCAGCCCUGCCUUCUUUCAGGUGGCAGAAAUCCUAGAUCUUCCAGAUGUUUUUAUUACAGGAGAAACAGAUGCAAGAAUUGAAAUUGUUCCCUUUUACUCCAUUUCCAACAAAAAUAUUGAGAGCUGGAACAAAGAGCACCCAACAAUAGCUAUUCUCCCGACCUCUUUGUACACAGGGUUGGAGAUGAGUCCUUUCUGUAAUCAGGAUAAUGUGUUUAUUGUUCCUUAUUCUGAUCACAGCUCAUUUGAUGAACUCACAGACUUCAUAAAAAUCAUCAAACCAAGGUGUGUUUAUCCAAUAGUUAAUGACAUGACCCGUGGUCCUUUUGGAAUAAGUGUUUCAGAUCGUGCAGAUGUUUCGGUGUUCAAACCUUUUCUCAGCAGUCCAAGGAGGAAAAAUCCUGAAAUUCCAGACAGUGUCAAAAGGUGGAUGUUUGGGAAUCGAACUUUACCUCUGUCCAAACCUCUGAACAAGAAACCACUGGCCUUAAAAAGGAAGAGAUCCUUAAGCUUAAAGAGAGGAGUUCAUUUUGAUGAUUCUAUGGAGGAUUUUUCUGAAGAGAAAACAAAGAAGAAGAAAAUUCUAAACAUCAAAGGAAGUGAUGAUAAAAAAUCUGGACCAGAGGAUGAAUAUGUGCCUUCUGCAUGUGGGCAGAAUGUAGGACAUGUUGCUGAUAAGGAAAAUUCAAGGGGAGAAAACUCUGAGAAUUCACCCAAUGAAGAUAUUACAAAUCUUGAGAAAAAUGUGGUGGAAAAACUUACAGUAAAGUUCACAAGGAGAAAUGAAAGUGAGAAAAGUCAUAAAGCCUCCUCCAACACCGAGUGUGAACAAGAACAUGAAGAAAAAGAGGACAAGGAAAAAACAGGGGGAUAUUUAACACGAGAGAAAAAACAAUCCGUGAAAAGCUUUCUAUUGUACGUACUGGACACAGACAUUUCAGAGAUGACAGACGAGAACAAGUCGGAAAACCCAUCAGAGGAGAACAAGAGUGCAUGUAAUGGUCAGAGUAAAGAGGCAGGAAAGGCUGACAAGACAUGUGAUAGUAUCCAAGUUGUUCCAGUUAUGUCCGGAACUGAAAAGAAAAGCAAUGAUAAGACAUUUAAUUAUCUCCAAGUUAUUCCUAUUUCAUCUAAAACUGCAAAGAACAAGAAACAGGGGAAAUUGGAGAGGGGUGUUAUGCCACCUGGUUCCACCAGAAGACCUGUUUUUAAUGUUAAACCGUUGUGAAACAUGCAUGAAAAUUUGAAUCUUGGUUUCAUUAACGAUAGUUAUAUACCAUGGUAUUUAAAUAAAUUUAAAAAGUUUUGUUUGUUUUAUUUAAUUAUGUAUAUCUUGUUUUUGAAUGUCCAUUAUUGGCAGCUGACAAUGAAUAUAAAUGUACAUGUCUUAAAUUAUUAGGUUAUAAUCACCAUGAUUACUUUGCAAUACAA